AUGUCUGAUCCCAGCGAGCAACCUUCGGAGUCCAUGCCCGGCCAGGACAACGGUCUGAGGCCAUUGUCGAAUGCAGACGACUUGUCGCUCGGCAACCCUAGCAACAGUGAGCUGUCUCACAUCAUGGGCCGCGCGGGUAUCGCGCUGGCCAAUGGGUUCCCGCUAGACGAUGACGAAGACGACGAAGAAGUUGAAGGGGACUAUGUCGCAGUUGACCAGGAGGAGGACUCCAAUGAAUUCCCAUACUGGUUCCGCCGGCCCCCAACACACCACCGCACCAAACUUGACGAAUUGCACCCGUUCGUUCAGCUUCUUUCCACAUCUAACGUGGACGAUUGUCUGGCCGUGGAGAAGGCUUUCCCGGAGCAGGAGCGCUGCUCGCGUGACAAGUUUGUCUACCGUCUCUCCAAGUGCCCCGAGCUGAGUCUGGGCCUCUUCACCUUGCCCCUCUACGGCGACGAUCCUAAGCCUCGGGCUACCCUUAUCGGACAUAUCAUUGCCACCCGUACCUCGGAGCCCAACGUGACAGACAGAUCGAUGCGCCUACCCAAAGACUGGCAAGGUGAGCGCCGGUCAGUCGAAGACGGCCAGGCAGUUGGUCAUGAAGAGUGCGGUGGCACCAUUGCCAUUCACUCGCUCGCUGUGCUGCCUGAGCACCAGGGCAAGCAGGUCGGUAGCACCUUGAUGAAGUCGUACAUCCACCGGAUCCGGGAGGCCCAGAUUGCUGAUCGGAUUGCGAUCAUCGCUCAUGACCAUUUGGUUCCCUUCUACGAGUCCUUUGGGUUCGAGAACCGCGGCCCCAGCCAGUGCCAAUUCGGUGGCGGUGGAUGGGUGGACCUGGUCUUGGAGCUUGGCAACGAAUCUAGCUAA